CAGGACAACCUCAACCUACGCCGUACUAUGUACUAACAGCUUAAUUACAGCUCCUCCAACACGCCAACCUCAAUCGUCCCCUCUUCCACCUGUGCAUUAAUUCCCACCCUUUGUAACCCCACACCAUGCCUCCUAAAACACUCGAAGAGCAGCUCGCCGAGCUAGAGAUGGAGGCGGAGGCUCCCGCAGCACCUCCGACCAAGACGUCCAAAGUCCCAAAGGCACCGCGCAAAAGCGCCGAGCAAGAAACUGAUGCUCUCAAGGAGCUCGAGGAGCUUGAAGCAUUGGAGAAAUUCCAGCGACCAGAGAUUGCUCGCCCGUCCAGUCGGCCCAAUACCCCCAAAGUUCCGUCAUCGUCCUCAACGUCCACCACAAACCCUCGCCGGCCAGGUGCUGGCGCUGGUAUUGCGACACCAUCAUCAACGGGUUCAACGCGCACAAGUGAAGAGAGGGUUCAGGCGCCGAGGAAGUCUGGAGAGAGCGCCAGGUCGUUCCACCAAAGCUUCGCCCCGACAGAGGAAGAGCCUGCGAAGAUUGCCGACGAACCUAAGCAGUCUGGUGGAGGCUGGUGGGGAGGCUUUUCCAACGUUCUUUCUACAGCUACUGCCACGGCUGAUGCCGCAAGGAAACGUGCCGAGGCCGCUUAUCAGGAGAUUCAGAAGAAUCAAGAAGCCCAACGAUGGGCGGAACAAGUGCGCGGAAACGUGGGAGCUCUGCGCGGCAUUGGAGGUGAGCUUGGUAAACGGGCACUUCCUACCUUCACAAACAUCCUCCAUACUCUUGCACCACCAAUCUCCCAGCAUGAGCGCCUCCAAAUCCACAUUACGCACGAUCUCAUCGGAUAUCCUUCGCUCGAUCCGAUCAUUUACCAAACUUUCUCUACCGUAAUGGCGCAAGUUGAGGGGGGAGACUUGCUUGUCAUCCAGCGGGGCUCCGAGUCAACACAGAAGCGUAGUUCUUUGGACGCAGUUCGGGGAGGGAGCAGUGGCUGGCAUGAUGGGCCUUGGUGGCGCGACACCUACAGCCGCGAUCUCUCGGUGGUGAAAGGAUUGGUUGAGGGAACAAAGCUCGCUCGCAUCAGCGCAGAAUCCUAUGCGUCCGAACUCUUCGCUUCAAAAGGUGGCUUGGAGGAAGCAGCGAAACAAGCGACCGAGUCUUUGAGCGAGAGCAACCCUGUCCGAAGUAGCGAUAUUUUCCUGGCUAUUCAAGCAGUCAGUUACCCUGCGCAGGACGAUCUGUUCGCUCCCUCGGUAUCCACAGAGCCAGAGAAGACUGGCGGCGUCGAAGAGCAAAAGGAGGUGGAUGAUGUAGUAGCAUUUGCUAUCUAUCUUUACGACCCUAUCCACAGCAUCACAUUCAAGACGCUGAGUCAAUCGUUCCCUGCAAAAUGGGUGCAGUGGCUAGACGCUCCAGCACCAACCACCGCCGAAGGAGAAGAGCAACAACUGCCAGCUGCGAUUGAGGAGAUCAUCGCUUCCGGAGGUGUUGAUCCAAGAGAGUGGGUUUCCGAGUGGAUGGAAGAGACUAUCGGAUUGAGUGUUGGCAUCGUCGCCCAGCGAUACGUAGCUCGUCGCAUGGGCGUUGGUGAGGGUGGAAUUGGUCGUGGAAAAGCACGAGAGGCGGCGGUGGAGGCAGGUGGAGGCGAAGCUGCCCGUGCUGGCAUCAUAUGAUCAACUUCACAUGUUGCAUCAUCUAGUUGAGACGGACGUGACGAUAACUUCUUUUACUUGGCAUCUACCUGUCCUACGUGUUUCUACUUUUUCUGGCGCAGGAGAGCGCGGUCUUGGACAACCGCUAGGCGUGGUCGCUCAGAGGCAAGACGCAUGAAACACAAUCGUUCGGAGUUUGAAGCGAAUCUGCGCUUUUCCAUGUAGCUCUGCUGCGCUCCUCUUUAUGUGUGAUAGUUUGGAGCAGAGACACUGCCGUCUCCUGAUUGUGUGAAACUGGAGCCCUUUGAUGCUUGAACGGCUACUGGAACGGCUCCACCAGAAGAUUACUUUUCCAAGCUUCCCCUGUAUACCUUCGCCAGAAUGUGCUUCCUUUGUGUGAACCAUGCACCCUCUUAAAUUGUCGAACUGUGCCUCUUCUCUUAGAUGUGGACGAUCCUUCUGGUGGGAAAGAAGAGUUGACCAUGUUUCAGCCAGUCUUUCCUUCCUUCUUCCU